AUGACCGAGUCCGUCACCUCGAACGGCAGCCAGGACGUCAGGAUGGCCUCUUCCUUUGCCUCCUACGCCAGCAGUCAGGAUUCCAGGACGACCGGGUCCUACACCUCCUCCAGCAGCAGCCAGGAUGCCAGGAUGGGCGCCUCCCACACCUCGAUGGAAGUGUCGGACGGGCGGGGAGAGACGAGGACCUUGACGGAGGCGGCCGCGGCGGAGAGACGCGAGAUGCGUCGCCAUGCGACGGAGAGGUUUGCUGGAGGAACCACGGGCACGGCGUUUCGUCGGCUCAAGGAUACCAACCCUUACACGAACCAGAAGCCGUUCUCCGGCGUUUCCGAGAGGAAGCGUUGA